AUGCCGAAAGCCUCUCAGGAUGGGGGGGGCACGCAGGUGGAUGUCCCCCCGUCCCAGCUCCCCACAGACGAGGAGAUCACAUACCGCCUCCAGGAAUUGCUGACUGAGGUGGACUUGCAGUCCACCACAGAAAAGAUGCUGCGGCGAAGACUCGAGCAGGAAUUUUCGACGGACCUCUCUAGCAAAAAGGCCCUCCUGCGUGCAGAAGUGGAGGCGUACCUGUCAUCACAGCCGGCCCCCCCGGGGAGCGAAGCGGACGAGGAGCCCACUGCCCGGAGUAAGAGGCCCCGCAACUCCGGCGCGGGGCUGGGCUGCGCGCUUUCCCCAGCAAUGCAGGCCUUCCUGGGCGAGACCAGCCUGCCCCGGCCGCAGGUGGUGAAGCGGCUGUGGGCCUACAUCAAGGAGCACGACCUGCAGGACCCCAAGGACCGGCGCCGCAUCCUGCUGGACGACGCGCUGUCCACCAUCUUCCCCGGCAAGUCGACGGACAUGUUCAAGAUGAACAAGCACCUCAGCCGGCACUGCUUCGUAGAGGACGCGCCCGGGGUGGAGGCCUCCGACGACGACGACGACGACGACGCAGGAGCGGGCUCGUCGAAGGCAACGCCGCGGCGCGUCAGGGCGCGGUCCGAUCCAGGCCGCGCGGCGACGCCGGGCGAGAAGCGGGUCAACGGCUUCACCAAGCCCCUGCGCCUGUCCCCCGCCAUGGCGGCCUGGGUGGGCGCCGGCACCGCCUCGCGCCCGGCCAUCGCCAAGCACAUGUGGGCCUACGUGAAGGAGCACGGCCUGCAGGACCCCGCCAACAAGCAGUUUGUGGUGUCCGACGCCACGCUGCGCGCGCUGACGGGGCAGGACCGCUUCAAGGCCUUCGGGUUUUCGGCCCUGGUCAAGCAGCACAUCCUGGGCUACGAGGACUGA